AUGCGUCUUGGAUCGAAGCGGAAUUUAAUUUCAAACGCAACAGGCGAGGAGGACUUAAUCUUCUUUAUCAUGGUUACAUGUAUACUGCUGAACGAAGUGCAGCAAUGUCCGGAUUCUAUUGGCAAAUAUACAAUAAUAGAAAAUUUCCGCUUUGUGAUUGGAUCACAAUCGGCUACCGCAAAAGCACCUGUGCAGUACGUACGAUCACGUCGUGGCACUCAUUUAGUGCUACACGAAUACAACACUUACACCCCCAAUGAAAAGGUACGAGAUGGUCGCCACUCGCGAGACUGGAAGUGUUCCAUGUAUCAUAAAGCAAAAUGUCGCGCAAGACUUGUCACGCGACAUACUUCUAAGGGAGAUGUGAUCCAUAUAACCUCAGAUAACCACACACACAAACCAAUGUAUACAGCUGAAGACUUGAAACUGAUGCAGUCAUUGCAGACGCCAAUGAAUGAAGAAACUGAACCAUUAAUGGAGCGGCAUCGACCUGCACAAUCAUUGCAGUGUCUUCAUCCACUCCACCUACAACAAUUUCAACAGCUACAGCUACAAACACUUUAUCCGCAGUCUGCAGCUGAACCUAUUUUUCAGCCGCAAUUUAAUAAAUUCUUUCCUCGCCCGUUGUAAUAGAAUACUACAUAUAUGCUGCAAAUAGCACAGAUAAAUGGUACAAAAUAAAAAGCAAAUAGCACAGAUAAAUAGUACAAAAUAAAAAGCAGACAUAUUCUCAAAGUCACUCACUGUA